AUGUACAAAACGCGGGUACGGGAAGCCAUUGCUGGAGAAAAGCUGCUGUUAGACUACGUGGAAACGGAUCCAUGUGGCCGAUUUGGACGUUAUAGAGAUAUUCUUGGCAAAGGAGCUACAAAGACAGUGUAUAGAGCAUUUGAUGAGUUUCUUGGAAUGGAAGUAGCCUGGAACCAAGUCAAGCUUAAUGAUGUUUUCAGGUCACCUGAAGAAUUGCAGAGGCUAUAUUCUGAAGUCCAUCUUCUCAAGAAUCUUGAUCAUCACUCUAUAAUGAAAUUACGUGCCUCCUGGAUCGACGUUGAUCAAAGAACUUUCAACUUCAUCACUGAAUUGUUCACCUCAGGCUCCCUAAGAGAGUACAGAAAGAGGUACAAGCGAGUUAACAUUGGAGCGAUUAAGAAUUGGGCUAGACAAAUUCUUGAAGGGAUUGAUUACUUGCAUAGUCAUGAUCCUCCAGUAAUUCAUCGAGAUCUUAAGUGCGACAACAUUUUUGUCAAUGGACAUCUUGGUCAAGUCAAGAUUGGUGAUCUAGGAUUAGCUGCCAUACUUCAUGGAACUCACCAUGCCCACAGUGUCAUAGGUACACCUGAAUUCAUGGCACCAGAACUAUAUGAAGAGGAAUAUGAUGAGCUGGUAGAUAUAUACUCCUUUGGCAUGUGUGUACUAGAAAUGCUUACUUCUGAAUAUCCAUACUGCGAGUGCUCCAAUCCUGCUCAAAUCUACAAGAAAGUCACCUCGGGAAAGUUACCGGAGGCAUUUUACCGAAUUAAUGAUGUUGAAGCUCAGAGAUUUAUUGGAAGAUGUUUACAGAAUGCUACUAAGCGGCCAAAUGCACAUGAGCUGUUAAUGGAUCCAUUUCUUGCUCGUAAGGAAGUCGAGCAAUUGCCAAUCAUGACCAUUCCAAGUGACAUGACAAUUACGGGGACCAUUAAUUCAGAAGACGACGCCAUCUUUCUCAAAGUACAAAUCUCGGAUAAGGAUGGUAAUGCUAGAAACAUAUACUUCCCAUUCGACAUUUCAAGUGAUACUGCAUUGGACGUUGCUUCAGAAAUGGUUAAAGAAUUAGAAAUAACUGAUUGGAAGCCAUAUCAGAUUGCUGAUAUGAUUGAUGAGGAAAUUUCUGCUUUGGUCCCAGCUUGGAAGGAUCUGAACUCUAUUAAUCAAAACCAUGAGCAGCAUAGUUACAACUACGACGAAGAUGACGAUGAUAGUACCCACCAUCCUUUCUACUCUGUCUCAUCCCUUUCUUCCUCUCCGGCUUCCCUGUCCGAUCCUUUUUCUCCAAGAGGAGAUGAAUUCCAUCACCGGAAUAAUUUAAGCCAUGAUUGGGAUCACGGAGAUUUAAAAUUUCUCGAUGACGCCAGUUCCCAAAUUUCUUCAAAUUCCUACCAGUGCUCCAACAUGAAGUACUACUCAGCAAAUGAGGACGAUCCUGAUUUAAUCUAUCAAAGAGAAGAACCCCAACAAAUUCCUAAGAUGUUGCAGAAAUGUACACGAUUUUGCCCCGAAACGAGCAUAACCAGAAGUAGAUGCAACAAGCAAAGCAAAAUUUUGCUAAACACUGAAGUUUCUUGUAGCACAAAAAACAAACAGAAGAUGACAAGGGCUAAAUCAUUAAUGGACAUACGGAGCCAAUUGUUACAUAAAACACUGUUGGAGGAAAUAAACAAACGACGCUUGUUCAAGACUGUUGGGGCGGUCGAGCACAUUGGGUACCGGCAGCCGGAGGAAUUUUCUGGGAAAAUGUGCUAG